AUGAACGACGUGCACUGUCGGCGGGGCCUUGAUGCAACUGUCACAACUGUUCCGGCUGCGGCAUACUCCAACUUGAGGUUCAAGGCGCUCAACACGCGGCUGCCGGCGGCGGAGCGGCGGGAGCGCCAAGCGGCGCUGCUGCGUGAUAUCGGCGCCGCCACCGCCUGCAUGGCGCGGUCGCUGGGGCCGUCCCACCUGCUGGUGCUGGGCGCGCAGCGCUACGCCUCUCAGCUGGGGGCCACGGUGGCGGCGUGA